AUGUCAGUUCAUAUCCAGUCUCUUCGCAAAGUCGUAGUGACAGGAAUCGGAGUUGUGUGUCCUCUGGGCAACACGCUGGGCGAUGCGUGGACAGCUUUACUUGAAAAUAAGCAUGGAAUGACCACGCUUGAAGAGGCGUUGACACAUCAACAGCUAUCAGAAAAGACCUUGACGCGUGAACUAGCGCUCGCGAAGCUCUUGCCGUGCCAAGUAGCCGCCCCUGUAAAGGGGAUUGAAACUGACAGUCGUACUGCUCGAUUUGUGCGCAUGGCUUUGAUGGCUGGGAAUGAGGCAGCAGCCCAAGCUGGGUUACCUCAGUGGUUGAAUGAUGGCGACAAUGAUGAUAUCGUUCUGCGGAAACGAAACCGCGUCGGGGUCUGUGUAGGAAGCGGCAUGUCAGGAGUUCGAGAAAUUUCAGAGGCUUUACACGCUGUGGAAGACAACAAUUCGUUACGAAGACUAUCGCCACAUUUUAUUCCAAAGGUGUUGACGAAUUCUGCAUCUGGACGACUAUCUCUGGAGCUGGGCCUUAGGGGGCCGAAUCUAUCUCCCUCGACAGCCUGUGCAGCGGGAUCGCAUGCAAUUGGCGAUGCGAUGAGAUUUAUAAAAUAUGGUGCUGCAGAUAUGAUGUUGGCUGGUGGAGCUGAGGCUUGUAUUGACCCCCUCUCAAUGGGUGGAUUCUGCCGGCUUCGUGCGUUGUCUACAUCGUUUUCACCUGGAGAAUCUUCGCGUCCUUUUGAUGCGUCGCGAAAUGGAUUCGUUGUGGGUGAGGGAGCAGCUGUACUGGUGCUGGAAGAGAUGGAGCAUGCUAGGGAACGUGGCGCGACAAUACUUGCAGAGCUUGCAGGCUACGGUUGUUCAGGCGAUGCAUUUCAUAUUACGGCGCCAGAUACAGAGGGACGUGGUGCGUGCCAAGCAAUUGCCAUGGCAUUACAUGAAGCAGGACUCGAUGGCAUGGAUGUCGACUACGUGAAUGCUCACGCCACGUCCACACCCAAGGGUGACGAGAUCGAAGCAAGAGUCAUCGAUCAGGUUUGUAAGAGCGAAUCUCUGUCUAUAAGUUCCACUAAAGGUGCUACGGGCCACUUGCUUGGCGCGGCUGGUGCGGUUGAAGCCGCAUUUACAAUUCAAAGCCUAGUCACGAAGGUUGUUCCUCCUACACGAAAUUUGGUCAACUUCGAUUUUGAUUCAAGGUCCGAUUAUCCUAUAGCUCGGAAAGAAAAGCCGUCUAUGUCGAUUGCCAUCAACAAUAGCUUUGGAUUCGGAGGAACCAACGCUUCGCUUGUAUUCAAGUCAUUAGACUAG